AUGCUAGCUGAGGCGAUUGACUCCAACAAACUCAAAGCCGUCAUCACACCCGCGACGCCCACCAUAGGAAAACCUGUCCCCAACGUUCCCCACCUCCGUGUUCUUGGCCUCACGAUCCCCCAAAACGGAUCUGGUUCCCACACCAUUGCACCGCUUCAACGGACACUCUCCCAACUCAUGCACCUAAUACACCGUGUAUCAAAUCGUAGAUUUGGCAUGCAAGAAUUUGACACAUUACGGAUUGUACAAGCCAUACUCAUUAGCCGGGUCGCCUAUGGCACGCCAUAUUUGUCCCUCAAAACAACCGAAAAAUCAAAACUUAAUAUUGCCCUGCGCCAAGCAUACAAGACCGCCUUAGGACUACCUCCCAAAACUUUAACGAAGAAUUUGUUGCUACUAGGAAUUCACAACACCUGGGAAGAGUUACAAGAAGCACAUCACAUCUCCCAGUUAGAACGCCUUAAAUUAACACCUACCGGACGAGCCACACUGAGAAAGUUAGGCUACGCGACACCCUCCUUGCAAGACCACAAAGAACGAAUACCUCUGCACCUAAGAAAAGCCAUUCGUGUAGCCCAGAUCCCGAAGAACAUGCAUCCGGUUUACAAUAAGGCUCGGCGCAUCGCUAGGGCACGAACCAUGAACACCAAAUAUGGCGAUAGCCCAACUGCAAGAUACACCGACGCGUCCCCGUAUCCGCAUAAGCCAGCCCAUGCUGUAUGUGUAACCAAUGCAGCAGGGCAAGAAAUGACCGCACUCACAGUCCGCACAACAUAUACAGAAGCCGCCGAAGAAAUUGCCAUCGCCCUAGCCGCAACGACAGGCGGCGAUAUAAUUACAGUGCUCACAGACCCUCAGGCCGCUGCCCGCGCGCAUACACACCGGGCCAUUACCCGAGAGGGAACAACCUCACUUGUUGCCCCCACGACCGACCUGCUCAUCAACUAUGCCGACAUACUAGCCCACUACCGUCACGACCGAAGAAAAUACCCGGCACCGCACCCAAGAUUAUCAAGAGAUGAAGCCACCACCCUCCGAAGACUGCAGACCAACACAUAUCCCCACAGCACCCUUCUUCACGCCAUCUAUCCCGCUCAAUACGCCGCCACUUGUAAUUUUUGUCCUUCUCCCGGCAACCUUUACCAUCAGGUAUGGGAAUGCCAACGAACCCCGGACCUCACUCCCAAACCCACCCCAUCCUACGAGCAGUGGAUGGCCUGUCUGACCAGCCCGGACCCUGGGAUCCAGCAAGACUUGGUGACAAGGGCCCGGAUAGCCAGCCGUAGCCAGGGUAUCCCGGACUAAGGAUGCCCUCCACCGGGCGGGUGCCCUAACAUCUGCACCUGAUGCU